AGAACUGCAUUUUUAGCUAUCAAUUAGCUAUCGGGUUUUUGUUGUGCCAGGUGCUGUCUAUCACAUGCUGAAAUAUCAGGAUCGAUAUGAAAGCGAAGGUAUUUCGGAUAUUUAUUUCGUUAAAUCAUCCUGAAUUCCUUGUUAACUUUUGAUCCCAAUGUGGGCAGCAGGGCGAAAAACUUUUUAAUUGGUCGUUACAAAAUAAUGAGUUCGAAUUCGCUGUUGACGCCGGCCUCAGAGCCUCCAAAAUAUGCCAAUACUUACAGACUGGAACCGAUUAAUCAUUUUAAUUCAGAAAAGGUUGACAAUAUUUUAAAGGAAAUUAUGUUGGAAGCAUUGGAAAAUUUGAACUACGAUCCAGAACAGUGUGCCAAACAAGCUAAAUGGGCUUCAUUGAUGAUAAAAUCCAAAGUUAAAGAAUUAAAUUUUGACAGAUAUAAAAUUAUAAGCAUCGUUUCAAUAGGAGAAAAACACGAUCACAGCCUGACAAUGGUUUGUAAAUUUUUCUGGGAUAGCGACAAAGAUGGGUUUUCCUCUUAUACAACGGAAAAUACGCACGUUUAUGGAGUGGCGUUGUGUUUUGGACUAUAUUAUGAAUAAAUUACUGUUUAAUUAUUACAUACAUACUGUAUAUUGUUUUAAGUUAAGAGUAAAUUGGUACACAACAACCGGAA